UCCCAGGUUAAUUAAAGAAAAAUGCAACUCUUCGUAGACUCUGCUUUGGAAAGCGUAGGCUGCGGAAGGUGCUGAGCUAGUUAAUUGUCCAACGUUCGUCUCUGAUCCGCUGACGGGACUUCGUGGAUCGCCUUCGCUUUGGACCUUAGCUUUUGCCAUUGCGUGGUGGUGCACAGCUGUCUGUGUCCCGUGAUCUUGACAGAAAAGUUACCAGCAUGUCCACAGAUGGCGGCUUCGGUACAGCUGGCAACAGCGAUGCCCAGCAAAGCCUCCAGUCCUUCUGGCCACGGGUCAUGGAGGAGAUCCGCAACCUCACAGUGAAAGACUUCAGAGUUCAAGAACUGCCCCUGGCUCGUAUUAAGAAGAUAAUGAAACUAGAUGAAGAUGUGAAGAUGAUCAGCGCUGAAGCUCCCGUGUUGUUCGCCAAGGCAGCUCAGAUAUUCAUAACAGAAUUGACUUUGCGAGCGUGGAUACACACAGAGGACAACAAACGCAGGACUCUGCAGAGGAAUGACAUUGCCAUGGCAAUUACAAAGUUUGACCAAUUUGACUUUCUCAUCGAUAUCGUUCCAAGAGAUGAGCUGAAGCCUCCAAAGCGGCAGGAGGAGGUGCGUCAGGCUGUGACCCCAGCCGAGCCCGUACAGUAUUAUUUCACGCUCGCCCAGCAGCCUGCUGCAGUGCAGGUUCAGGGGCAGCAGCAAGGGCAGCAGACCACGACGUCCACGACCACCAUCCAGCCCGGGCAGAUCAUCAUCGCGCAGCCGCAGCAAGGGCAGACCACCCCUGUGACGAUGCAGGUGGGAGAAGGCCAGCAGGUGCAGAUCGUGCAGGCCCAGCCGCAAGGACAGACCCAGCAGGCGCAGAGCGGGACCGGGCAGACCAUGCAAGUCAUGCAGCAGAUCAUCACCAACACAGGAGAGAUCCAGCAGAUCCCGGUUCAGUUGAAUGCUGGCCAGCUGCAGUAUAUCCGCUUAGCCCAACCUGUGUCAGGCACCCAGGUAGUCCAGGGGCAGAUCCAGACGCUUGCAACCAAUGCACAGCAGAUAACGCAGACAGAGGUCCAGCAAGGACAGCAGCAGUUCAGCCAGUUCACAGAUGGACAGCAGCUUUAUCAGAUCCAGCAAGUGACCAUGCCUGCAGGCCAGGACAUCACCCAGCCCAUGUUCAUUCAGUCCACCAACCAAACCUCAGAUGGCCAGGCCACGCAAGUGACAGGGGACUGAGCGGACGUCGUGUCUCUGUGUGGAAACGAACACGUUACCAGCCCGACGUUCGCCGUACCAACCUGGUCUGAUGAAUCCAUCUGCUUCUCUGUAUCCAUGCUCAAUAUUCAGCCUAUAGUAGGCUGCGGUCUCUGGUGCACUAUACACCUUCCUCUGGUGGGUAUGAGAGAAUAUCCAGCAGACACUGACAAGAAUGCAAUAUUUGUAUUUUUAUUUUUAGAAGUCAAUAUUUCAGUGUAUUCAGCUGCUUGUUCAACCCCCUGGAAACUGAAGAGAACUAAUCGAAAGGAAUUUGUAGCAUCUCAUUGAGCGAUGUGUAAAACGUUUUUAUCUAGUGAAAUUAUUAAAGGGUACUGCAUCUGGUUUGUUGUAAGAGCUUUAUUCCUGGUAUUCUGUUUGUAUUUUUCUCCGAAUAGAGCUAGAUACAGUCCUACCAUCUCAGUGGUCCAUUAGGGGCGUGGGGGGGGAGUGUGUAUGUGUGUUAGAUUUUCCUCUCCUGCCUCCUUUUUUGGUAAGCCGGAGCAUUGAGUAUAUGCAGCUAGGGGGCAGGGAGUAGGGGAAGAGUAAUUAAAGUGAAAACAAAAACAUUCCUUGUAUUAUGACUGUAUUUUCUAAGGGCAAACGAUUCUUUAAUUUGGCCUGGUUUAUUCCAGAAACACUAAUGGAAGCCUGGACAAACCCCAGCCCUGCUGUUAACUGUUGUACUAGCUUCAGUCAAUGCAUGUAAUAUAAGCUUCAUAAAACAAAAUAAAUUUCCUUUGUAAGAUAA